AUGCCAGCUGUCGAUGCGAGUUCCAUCAUCGGAGGCGCAGAGCAAUCUCGCCCACGCAUUUCACAACCGCUCGAAUACUCAGGCAAUCUCGAUCUGUACACCUACUCUGAUCUAACUCCAGUCAUUGGAAGAGAGUAUUCGGGACUUCAGAUUGUGGAAAUCUUAAAAGAUGAAAUCUGUGACCAGAUCAUCAAAGACCUUGCUGUAACCAUAUCAAGCCGGGGCGUCGUCUUCCUGCGCAAUCAAGACAUCACUCCCCAGCAGAUGCGUGAGUUUGCGGAGAAACUCACCACAACAGCCGGAUGCCCUCCCUCCUCAACCCUCCACGUCCACCCCCUCACAGAAGAAGGCAGCGAACUAGGCGACCAAAUCAGCGUCAUCAGCAGCGAGAAGCAAAAGACCGGCGGCGGACUAACCCACCAACUCAGCGACUCCAGCCGCCUCGCCUCAGCAGCCUGGCAUACCGACAUCAGCUUCGAACGCGUGCCUUCCGAUUAUUCCAUGCUCAAGAUCCACACCCUGCCUCCAACAGGCGGCGACACCCUCUGGGCCUCCGGAUACGAAGUGUACGACCGGCUAUCACCGGGGAUGGCUGCGUUUCUGGAGACGCUGACGGCGACGCAUGACGCGAGCUUCUUCCACGAUGAGGCGAAAAGAUUGGGGAAUCCGUUGCGUGUGGGUGUUAGGGGGUCGCCACUCAAUUGUGGGGGGGAGCUUAGUGCUGUGCAUCCUGUUGUUAGGACAAACCCUGUCACUGGCUGGAAAUCCGUAUACGUGAACAAAGGCUUCACCAAGCGCAUCAAUGGAGUCACCAAAGAUGAAUCUGACAUGCUCCUCCAGUACCUGUUCAACCUCGUGACCCAAAACCAUGACGCUCAGGUCCGCUUCAAAUGGAACCGGAACGACAUGGCUAUCUGGGACAAUCGCUCAACUUGGCACUGCGCCACGUAUGAUUAUGCGGAGGCACGCGCCGGUGACCGCGUGUGUAGCAUUGGGGAGGCGCCGUAUUUGGAUUUGAGGUCCAAGUCGAGAAGGGAGGCUUUGAUGGUGUAA